UCUUUUGGUUGCUGGCUAUUUUAGAUUAGAGAUAUCUAACUUAGAUUUUGGCCACUAUCAUCAGCAUCUUCAUCAUCAUGGCUUCGUCAAACAGACACUGGCCUAGCAUGUUCAAAUCCAAGCCUUGCAACACUCACCACCAAUGGCAGAGUGACAUCAACCCAUCUCUCAUGUCAAGAGCCCCUUACACCUCAGUUGCAGGAUGUGAAGAGCGUAGUCCUGAGCCUAAACCAAGAUGGAACCCGAAACCUGAACAAAUUCGCAUACUGGAAGCCAUAUUCAACUCCGGAAUGGUUAACCCACCAAGGGAUGAGAUAAGGAAAAUCAGAGCUCAAUUGCAGGAGUAUGGCCAAGUAGGUGAUGCCAAUGUGUUUUACUGGUUCCAAAACAGAAAAUCAAGAAGCAAACACAAGCUGCGCAACAUUGAAAACUCUAAACAACAGCCCCUACAAAAUCAACAAGCCCAGGAAACUCCUCCAAUCACCAAUAUUACCACCAUCACUGCACCUUCCUCUUCAUCAUCCUCAUCCGAGAAAUCUUCACCAAAAGGAGCUAAAAGGAGUACUCUCUCUUUGAGUUCUCCAAAUGUCAUCGAUGUUUCCAACUCUCCAACUGCUUCUAUGAACCAGACCUACUUUCAUCAGCCUCAAAACGAGUUCUUGAACGAACCUUUUUUCUUUCCUGCGCAACAGGCCACUGCAGGCGCCGGAUUUACACAAGGGUUGGGCUUCUCUGAGCUAACCAAUGUUAUUCAAGUUCCUGAACAACCAGUUGGACCCUGUACAAAUCUAUUGUUGAGUGAGAUAUUGAGCCAUGGGUCUUCAAGGAAAGAACAUGAAGAAAAGAUGAAGAUGCAGCUUCAGCUUAGUUACACUGUCACCACUGCUCCCAGUACUCACACUAUUGCUCCUCCUAAUGCUUCCACCAGUGCUACAAUUACUGUUCCAUUAAAUCACCACAUUCAAGGUGGUGUGGAAUCUGGUGCAGUGGGUCCUGUAGGUGCGUCUAGAUCGACGGUGUUUAUCAAUGAUGUAGCCUUUGAGGUGGCCGUGGGGCCAUUCAACGUGCGGGAGGCCUUUGGCGAUGAUGCAAUCCUGAUCAACUCCGCUGGUCAACCUGUUCUCACGAACGAGUGGGGGGUAACCCUUCAGUCUCUUCAGCAUGGUGGAUUUUACUAUCUGGUGCGCUCAUUAAGCCCCUUCGCCGCAUAA